AUGUCUUCCGCACAAACCAUCACCAAGGGCGAUCUCGUCCUCGUCACAGGCGCCUCCGGUUUCAUCGCUUCCCACGCCGUCAAGGAGUUCCUCCAGCAGGGCUUCCGCGUUCGUGGUACCGUUCGAUCCGAGGAGAAGGGCCAAUACCUCACCAAGCUCUUUGAGGGUUUGGGCGAGUUCACCUACGUGAUUGUCAAGGACGUCAACCAGGAUGGUGCUUUCGACGAGGCUGUCAAGGGCGUCAAUGCCGUUGCGCACUUGGCCUCUCCCUUCUACGUCUUUAAUAUCAAGGACCCCCAGGAGCUCAUCGGUCCCGCCGUCAAGGGUACCACCGGUGUUUUGGAGAGCCUCCAGAAAUAUAACCCCGACGUCAAGCGAGUCGUCAUCACCUCUUCUGUUGCCUCCAUCCUGUCCAUGGACUCUGUCAAGUCUCCUACACGUGACUACACUGAGAAGGACUGGAACGUUGACAGCGCCGCCCACGUCGAGAAGAAUGGUCUCCAGUCCUCUGGCUUCCACUCUUACCUCGCUUCCAAGACCCUUGCCGAGCAGGCUUUGUGGAAGUUCAUCGAGGAGAAGAAGCCCUCUUGGGACGCCGUCGCCAUCAACCCCCCUUUCGUUCUUGGUGAGAUCAUCCACCAGUGCGACAAGCCCGAGUCCCUCAACACCUCUGUCGCCGCCUUCUACGAGUGGGCUUUCGGCAAGAAGACUGAGGACGACCUUCCCGCUCCCAUGGGUAACUGGGUCGAUGUGAAGGAUGUUGCCCUUGCCCACGUUCGAGCUCUUACUGUCCCCGAGGCCGGAGGCAACAGGUUCAUUGUUGGAGCGGGCGCCUUGGCUGCCCAGGACUUUGUUGAUGGUAUCCACAAGAACUUCCCUGAUGUCAAGAACGUCCCCGUGGGCACUCCUGGCAAGCACGACGAGAUCUGCAAGGUCCUUGACAUCUUUGAUGGAAGCAAGGCUGAGAAGGUGCUUGGUAUCAAGUACACUACGUUGAACGACACUAUCAUCCAGAUGUUUGAAUCUUUGAGGAAGAGGUUCAGUACCAUCUGA